UUAAGUUACCCAGCAGGCUCUCAUGUGAUAAUGAUUACUUUUUAAUUAUGUGCCUAUGGCUACUCUCUGAAUCUGCAGGGAAACCCCGGCACUGGACAGAAAGAUUCUUAAGAGGGUCUGUGUGGCUGAUCUCAGAUAUGGAGAGGGAGGGAAGAACUCAAGGUUAAUCAUUUCUCAGUUCUGUUAUCACAGUUCUGUCUGGGAAAUGUUUGGGGAGUAUUCUCUUUGUAUGCACUGGAUACGUUGCCUGAAUGCUGGGUCGCUGAAACGUGAACAUGGACGAACAAAAGGAUGAUCAGAUUGACCAAGAUGACAGCACUAACAACUCUGAAAAGGAGCAGUCACUUACAGCCUGCCUGUUGUGUGCCGCCUUCUUUGGCUCCCUGGGCUCAUCUUUCCUUUAUGGCUACAACCUCUCUGUGGUCAACGCUCCUGCUCUGUACAUUAAAGCUUUCUACAAUAAGACAUGGAUUGAGAGAUAUGGGGAGCCUAUUUCAGCGGAGACGGUGACCCUCCUCUGGUCCGUCACAGUGUCCAUAUUUUCUAUUGGAGGCCUUUUUGGAGCCCUGUCUGCCACGUUAAUCAUCAAAGUACUGGGCAGAAAGGGGACCUUGCUGCUGAAUAACAGCUUUGCUGUAAUAGCUGCUGUGCUUCUGUCUCUGGGUGAAAUGUCAAGAUCUUUUGAGAUGCUCAUCAUUGGACGACUCAUUAUGGGGGUGGAUUCUGGUAUUGCUCUCAGUGCUCUCCCCAUGUACCUGGGAGAAAUUUCCCCAAAACACUUCAGAGGUAUGAUUGGCCAGUUCAACUCCAUUCUAAUCUGCUUAGGAGUGUUCACUGGGCAAGUGCUGGGGAUGCCUGAGCUGCUGGGUCAGGAGUCCACCUGGAUUUACCUGUUUUCCUUCCUUGCGUUGCCCGCAAUGCUGCAGCUGUGUGUGCUGCCCUUCCUCCCUGAGAGUCCUCGCUACCUGCUGAUGGAGAGGAGGGAUGAGGCUGGAGCGGAAAAAGCCUUUCAGAGGUUUUUGGGAAAGAAGGAUGUUUCCCAGGAGCUGGAAGAGGUCCACAUGGAGGCUCGAGCUCAGGACAAACUACACACCGUCUCUGUGUUACAGCUGCUGAAGAGCCCAGCUGUUCGCUGGCAGCUCAUAACUGUCAUCAUCACCAUGGCCUGCUAUCAGCUCUGUGGCCUCAAUGCAAUCUGGUAUUAUACCAAUGGGAUUCUUCGUGAAGCAGGCUUUACUGAGAGCAUACUUCCCUACAUCACACUGAGCACAGGUGCCAUAGAGACUCUGGCUGCCAUCAUCUCAGGCUUGGUGAUAGAACGAAUUGGCAGGAAGCCCCUUCUCAUAUUUGGUUUCUUUUCCAUGGCCGUGUUCUUCAGCCUACUCACAGUUUUUCUUAAUUUCCAGGAUAGAGUGUCAUGGAUGCCCUACCUCAGUUACGUCUGCAUACUCGCUGUGAUUGCCUCCUUUUGCUCUGGACCAGGUGGCAUCCCCUUUAUCCUGACCGGGGAACUGUUUGAACAGUCUUAUCGACCUGCUGCCUUCAUGAUCGCUGGCACAGUAAACUGGCUAUCUAACUUUGCCGUGGGCCUCCUUUUUCCAUUUAUUCAAGAGACGCUGCAGUCCUUUUCCUUCCUUGUGUUUGUGGCAGUCUGCAUUCUGGGAUCCAUAUACCUCUAUGUCGUCCUCCCGGAAACCAAAAAUAAAACCUUUAUGGACAUCAGCCAGAGCUUUGCCAAGAUUAAUAAAAUGCCCAUCCCCUCGCCUGGUCAGGAAAUGGAGCUGGUUCUGUCUAUUAACUCUGACACGAAUGGAAAAGCCCAAGAUGCCACUAAGAUGCAAACGUCCUUGUAAAUGAAGGAAUGAAGCACAGUCAUAAUCGAGAAGCCAUGUUAAAUGUGUGAAAAUAUGUCUUGUUUUUACAUAUUUACUGAGCAUAAAAAAUGAAGUAAAGUCAAUGCUUUUUUUCAAUGUUUUUUUCAUAUGACUGCAAUUUUUUUUAGAUAAAGCAAUGAAGCAAG